ACAGAAACUACAACAAAGUUCUAAUAGGUUAUUGUUGUUUGUUUUCAUGGAAACGUGUUAUUUAUGUGUUGUUUAAGUGUGAAAGAAGCUGGUAGCUGUGUUCGUUAAAGUAUCGGGAAAAAUUAUGAAAGAUUUAGACAUUAUUAUCUGGUUGCUACAAGGCCCAGCACCUGUGAUUAUUGCAUACAAGGACAAAAACCUCACCUGGCUGAAAGGCAUUAUCGAGCAAGUGUGCACUGCAGUCCAACCCAGCUGCUUGUACAUGACUAAAGUAGCCUGGGUCCUACUCAUUAUUGUAGUCAUGUUAUUUAUUUUCAAGAUCCUUGUACCAGAAUUGAAAGCAUUCUACCAUGUAAUGGUAUUGGACAUAAAAGAGGGUCUUGAAAGAGUGGGAUGGAGACCCAAGAAAAAAAACCCAUUGUAUAAGGAACUGAAUUGCAUCAACAAGCUGAAUAUGGACGAGAUGAAACAUCUCUCUCAAGUGCUUAAGGAGAGACUUUUAAACGAACGUUUAGCGAACCAGCACUCUGAAGAAGAGCUGAGUGUAUAUAAAAAAUUAGUGGAGGAACAGGAUGAAAUCAUCAGGGAUCUCACAGACAUACAGCAAAAUGUGUCCUAGCACAAGUUGAAUGGCCAAUUUCCAUUCAUGAUUGAAGUGGAUAACUAUGUAAAUGGAGGACAUAAUGAAGAGGGGUGAGAGAAGAAUGUAACAAAAGUGAACUGGAACAAUGAUGCAUGGGAAGGAAGAAGAACCAGAAGAUGCAUCUGUUUGUAUAUUCCGUAUGUCAAAAUGAUGCAUAGGGAAGAAGAGGGUGCAUCUACUUGCAAAUCACCCAUGUCGACAAUGAUGCAGGAGGACGAAGAAAAGGAGGAUUCAUCAUGUAACGAAUCCCUCAUGCCAAUAAUAAUGCCUCACCUGAUUAUCACUCUUGCAGUGAGGUUUCUGAUGUGUAGUAUAAUUGGCAUUAUUUCCAGCUGCACAAAACACUGUACACUGAAAAUGAUUUUCUUCUGAGAUGUGUCAUUAGUCUGGUAGAAGUCUACCAAAGUUUCAGAGGUGCUUGCUGCCUCUGUUAUGAGGUAUGUUUCUCUGGACUGUCUCAGUCUUCAGGACUAUCGUUCAUGCUUCCUAUAAAAAAUAAAAGAGCAUUGCCACUUCGGCCCUAAAGAUGGAGGCUAUGUUUACCUGGACUGUCUCCAUGUUCAGGACUAAGGUGGCAAUGCUUUCUAUAAAAGAAAAUUGAUUGCUACUUCAGUACUGAAGCUAGGGACAGUAUAUACAGGUGCGCCAGAAAUACCUGACGAUUCCUGAAAUGUAAUUAUUAUCUUUCCUGCUAUGUGGCACUUCCAUACUAACAUUUGUCAUGUAGAGUGCUCUUUGGAGUUUAGUUUAGAUGGAAUGUUGGUUAAUUGCAACACGGCAUUACGGCUGUGAACUGUUUAUCAGAACUGAGUCAAUUACAGUUACACAGUGUGGUUUCCGACUACACUUUCAAACACGCACUGCACCUAGUAACAAUACUCUGCUGUUGUGGCUAUCAAAAUGGCGUCAAGAAGGAUCAGUGAAGGACAGUAAACCUGAAGGGCAUCCAUGUUUGUUGCAUACACCUGAAAAUGUGGCGCAAGUAAGAGAAACCAUGUUGCAAAGUCCCCAUAGGUCAGCUCGACAGCAAGUUCUCAUGCUUGGUGUAAAGGACAGUAGUGUUCGAUGAAUUUUACACAAAUAUUUGCAUAAACAUCCCUACAAAAUCCAAGUUGCCCAGGAACUUUGUGAACAGGACAAGGUGGACCGACUUCAGUUUGGGCUGCAUACAACCUGUGUGAACUUUAACAUUGCCCUCUGCAUACCCUUUUUCUUUGAGGAUGAGGAGAGACGAACUGUAACAGUCAAUGCUGAGUGGUACAUGGCCAUGCUGGAAACAUUUCUGCGAAACGAGUUAAAUUUUUGUCAGCUUAAUUCACUGUGGUUUCAACAAGACUGCUUACUCAGCAUGGAUUUCCAUAGCAGUUCUCAGUGAGAUGUUUCCAGGCAGACUCAUUUGUAAUUUUGGGGACAUUAACUGGUCCACCCGCUCUCCUGAUCUUUUGGCACCAGAUUUCUUUAUUUGGGACUACAUCAAAAGCAAGGCAUAUGAGACAUACCCUGCCAAUAUCAGAGCAUACAAGGUAUGUACUUUACAAAACCAUACUUAUGUAACACCUAACUGGACAUUAAUUGCUCAGGAGUUGGUGUAUUAAAUCAAGUACAUAGCUUUUAUGUCCAUUGGACUGAUUGCCGUUGUUGUCUAUGGUGAGCUGGACACUCACAUUGUUAAAGUUCACAGGCACAGACAAUGCAACCACAGCUCACUGUAGACCAACAACAUCAAUCAGACCAGUGGACAUAAACGCUAAGUGCUCAAUUUAAUACACCAAUUCCUGUGCAAUCAACGUCCAGCGAGGUGUAAAAUAUGGUUUUUGUAAAGUACAUACCUUUUAUGCUCUGUAGAAAACCAUAGUCUUUUGAAUUGUAUUAUAUGAAUUAAUUUGUUUUGCCUCUGAUGAUCUCUUGUGGUCAAAACACGUUUGGUAUUAGUGUCCUUUAAACAGUUCUGUAUGCAAGUUUUUAAGAUUAUCUACCUGUGUUAAUAAAUGUUUGCACUUUGCUUUGAAAAGUUA